AUGACGGUGGCAGGAACUGAUAGAGCAUCAAUAGUACUGGAUGCAAUAAACCACAUACAUGAACUGAGAAGGACAGUAGGGGAGCUCAAAAUCCUGGUUGAUAAGAAAAGAAUUUCCAAAAUUAAAAGGCACAAAACUCAGGAGGAUACCAACACCCCUCCUGUUGGUGGGGACCAACACGGCACCGGUGUCGAUGCAGUGGCAGCAGUGAAACCGGAACCGGAGGAGGAUUUCAACUGUUCCACAGCCAUCCAACUCCGAAGCUCAUGGAUUCAGAGGAAGUGGAAGGACUCAGAAGUCGACGUUCGAAUUGUUGAUGAUGAUGUUACCAUCAAGCUAGUGCAACGAAAGAAGAUCAACUGUUUACUGUCUGUGUCUAGGACUCUUGAUGAGCUUCAGUUGGAUUUACGCCAUGUAGCUGGUGGCGAAGUUGGGGACUAUUACAGCUAUCUGUUCAACACUAAGGUGAUUAGGCCAAGAAGUUUGGAUUAAUUAUGGUUUAAUUGCUUGUUUUUUGUGUUUAAUUGUUUGUGUUUUUUUGUUAAUUUUGUUGCAGAUUUGUGAAGGGUCAUCAGUGUAUGCAAGUGCAAUUGCUAAUAAGCUGAUAGAAGUUGUGGAGAGAGAGUCUGGUGUUGCUUUUGUUGCUGAUUAAGGAAUGAUUAACUAGUGAUUAAGAUAUUAACAAAAGUAAUUGCUCUUUUGUUGCCUAUAUUAUCUUUCUAUCUAUUUAGUAGUGUUUAUUAGUUAACCUAGUUUGAUGCUACUAAUUAAA